GCAGAGAACCAGUCAACCACGCGAAAAAGGAGAGAAAUGUCUGGAUUUCGAGCAAAAUUUCCUUCUGGAUCAAUCGCAAUUAGCUCGUACAGAGACCAACAUUAUAAGGGAAGCCGAGCAGAGCAGGAGAAGGCCUUGUUGACGUCCUCUACGUUAUAUGUAGGAAACCUCUCAUACUACACGACAGAGGAGCAGAUUCAUGAGUUGUUUGGGAAAUGUGGGGACAUCAAGCGAAUCAUCAUGGGGCUGGACAAAGUGAAGAAAACGCCCUGCGGAUUCUGCUUUGUGGAAUACUACACACGAGAAGACGCAGAGAAUGCAAUGAGAUACAUCAAUGGAACAAGGCUGGAUGACCGGAUUAUUCGUACGGACUGGGACCACGGCUUUAAGGAGGGUCGGCAGUAUGGGAGGGGGAAAAGUGGGGGACAGGUCCGUGAUGAAUACAGAACAGAUUAUGAUGAAGGAAGGGGAGGUUAUGGAAAAAUAGUAGCUUCAAAGAUUAACCAAUCACGUGACCCCAUGUGAUCCCAACCUUGUGCAGACAGAUGUGUGUUUGUCAGAUGUUUUAUAAGGACAUGGCUCUGAGAAACAGACUCUUUCUUGAUUAUUAAGGAAAGGAUCCUCUGGAAAAAACUGCUAGUCCUACUUUCAAAAAACAUCAACUUCCUGUUAUGGAUGGUCUGUGUUCUGGGUGGAUUAUUUAUACAUUGUAU